CAUGCUUCAUAAACUCAGUCACAGACCGACAGACCACAUUUAUUUUGAACUUAUAGUUCAUAGAUCAGUAAAUCACAGUAAUCACACGACAAACUUCUCAGUUUAACUUUAAACGCUUAAUGCUUGAAUCUCGAGAUUUCCGCCUCACAGAUUACAUCUCGUCUUUACUUAUAUUUUAUCAAUUAUGGAUUCACAAUCGUCUGGAGGAGCUUUUAAACGUAAACCAAAACGUAUGUCGACUUACCAACGAGCCGUGAAAUUCUCCAAACGUGGAAAGUUUGGACAUGGUUUCCAGAUCCAAGACGAAGAUUUUCAAUAUUUUCUAAAUAUUCUCAAAGUAUCAAAAGAAACAUUCGAAAGCAGCGACGAUAAAUGUAUUUUUGUGGAUAAUGUAUUUAAACAAUUAAAUGGCAAUGAAGUGAAUUAUUGUAGUAAUCAAGUAGUAUCUCGUGUAGUAGAUGACCUACUACCUGCAGCUAGUGAUCAGACUGUGUUAAAUUUGAUUAAACACUUUGAAAUCGAUUUACGACCCAUAUGCUGUGACCAGUUUGCUAGCCAUGUACUCCAGCAACUAUUACAUGUUGCAAUUUAUAGAGCAUAUAAGGUCACCGAGGACAUAUCUGAGACUUCAAAAGAAAAUUAUUUCAAUUUUAUUAAUAAGCUGUGCAAAUUUAUAAUUAACAAUUUGGAGGAAUUUGUAUGGGAUACAUAUGCUAAUCAUAUAGUUCGCAGUUGUAUUGCUUGCUUAUGUGGUCAACCAUAUUUGAAUUCAAAAACUUCACAACAAAAAGGCGAAAAUAUAGAUACAAAUAAAGAUCAUAAAGAUUUACUAAAAAAAUAUUCUGACUGUAUAAUAAAUAUUCAGCAAUUUUCAGAAAUGCCUUCAACUGAUAUCACUUCCGGGUUGUUACAAGUAUUACUUAAAUCAAUUUCACCUGUAUCUAAAAAGAGAUAUAAAGCCUUGGUUGAAAAAAUAAUGAGCGAAUGUUUUCCAAGUGAUGAAAGUAGCACUUUUGAAAAUGUUUCUCAGGUUCUUGAAAACAAUUCAUUUUCUAGGCUUCUUGAUGUUAUAAUUUCUGAAUCACCAGAAAAAUUGAAUAAAUUAUUAUAUGAAAAAUAUUUCAAUGAUAAACUUGCAAACUUAGCAGUUCAUCAUAAUGGGAAUUUCACCUUGCAAAAAAUUUUAUCAACUACUGUAGAUGCCACUAAAUUUGAAACAAUUUUUGAUCAAUUAAAGGAAAAAAUGUCACAAAUUAUCAAUCUUGGUUACACUGGAGUGUUAUUAGAAUUGUCUAAUGCUUGUUUACGUUUGAAGUGUAAACAAGCUUUAUUCUUUAAAACAUUAUGCGAGUCAUUAAAAUGUAAAGAAGAAACUGAAGAUGGCGUAACUGUUUUAAUACUUCUUGGGUUAAAAGUUGCUGACAAUUUUGAUAAUUCAUGUAAAGAACCACCAAUUAAUAUCCAUGGAUCUAUGAUAGUACAAAAUAUAUUGAAGUUUAAUAAACCAAUCAAAAUGGUAAAUAAUUUAAAUAAUUUAGACACUGAACGUCUUGUUUACUUGCUUUGUAAUGUAAAAGGCAGUUAUAUCGGAAAUGCAUAUUUUGAAAGUGCAUUCAUUGGGGAAAGAAGUCGCGAAAAAUUGAUAUGGAAAUUAAAAGACCAUUAUACAACAUUGGCAAAAUCAAAAAGUGGUUCACGUGCUUUUGAUUGCAUUUGGAAAGUAGCUGAUUCAAAACAGCGUACUAUGAUAAUGAACGAGUUUUUAAAACAUGAAUCUGAACUUAUUAGCACACAAUUUGGUUCAAUUAUUGCAUCCAAAUUAAAUUUGGGUAUGUUCAGGCAUAAAAGAGAUGAAUGGAUAAAAGCAGAUCAAGAUAAACUACAGACUGUAAAAGUUUUUGAAAUCAAUAAAUAUUGUUAAAUUUUUGGUACAA